UUCUCCAUUUUCUCUCCUCUUCCUUAUUUAUAUAUCUCUCUCCCGCAUUUCUCUUUCAUUUUGCUUCUCCUAUUGGGAAACGGAGGACCACACAAUUGCACCACUCCAUAUAUAUUUUUUGAAAUUGUUGCAGGAAGGUGACAGGAAUCAGUACCACCGGAGAUUCCAAUUAAACAUGAAACAUAUGAUUUUUCUACUUGUCACUUUCAAGAUAAUAAAGAAGAAGCUAACGAAGCUACGAGAGAGUAUGGGGUUUCAAACAACACAUAACACUAAGCGGAUUUCACAACCUAUUUUGAAGGCAAAGGAAGAAGCGAGCGAUAGUCAUGAACCAAGGGGACUCAAUUUGACUCAUCAUACUCUAACCAAUACCAAUUUCAUUCCCUAUGAUUCAUGGCUGGUAAGGCACCCUUCUGCGUUGAGCUCAUUUGAUAGAUUGAUGAAAGCUGCCACUGGAAAGAGGAUUGUCGUAUUUUUAGAUUACGAUGGUACCUUAUCCCCCAUUGUAAAUGACCCUGAUCGCGCUUUCAUGUCUGAUGAGAUGCGUACGGCAGUACGUGAAGUUGCUACUUAUUUUCCAACAGCAAUUAUUAGUGGAAGAAGCAGAGAAAAGGUAAAAGAUUUCGUGAAAUUAAAUAAUUUAUAUUAUGCUGGGAGUCAUGGUAUGGACAUAAUGGCACCAUCGAUGCCAAUUAGAUCUUCUGACGGCAAGCAACUCGACACUAUUCUUGACACAAAUGGCAAUGAAGUUCCCUUUCAACCUGCCAAGAAGUUUUUGCCUGCAAUUCAAGAGAUAUUAAGAAGGUUAGAGAAUGUAAUAAAGGACAUAGAAGGUGCAAAAAUAGAAGACAAUGGAUUCUGCAUCUCUGUACAUUUCCGCCAGGUUCAUGAAAAGGAUUAUAACGUUUUGGAAGAGAAAGUGAAGUCUGUACUUGGAAAAAAUCCACUCUUUUGCGUGACUGAGGGUAAAAAGGUUAUGGAAAUUAGGCCAUCAAUAGAAUGGAACAAAGGAAAUGCUGUAGAAUAUUUUCUAGACACAUUAGGAUUAAGCAGUUCCAACAAUAUCCUCCCUGUGUAUAUUGGUGAUGAUAAAACUGAUGAAGAUGCUUUUAAGGUUAUACAAACAAGAGGGCAAGGUUAUCCAAUUAUAGUGUCUUCAAUUCCAAGAGAAACAAGUGCUUUGUACUCUUUGCAUGACCCAUCAGAAGUAUUAAUCUUCUUGUCAAGGCUAGCAAAAUGGAAGAAGGCAUCUUGCUCAAGAAGGCCUUUAAAAAUUGGUAACUAAAGUAUAGAUCAUCAAAGUGAGAGUUUUGUAGUACUCAUAUAAUUACGUCCCACAAUGGUUUUGGAAAAGUGGGAGGGAUGCUUGUUAUUUUCCUUGAAGUAGUAGUUGGUUUGUAAAAUAGCCUUGUAUAUAUACAUUUCAAUCUUGUAAAAAGGUUUCAAGUUAGAAUAACUUUUCCUAGAGUA